CGCCCGGCUUAUCUGGCCGGUCGGCCGCGGCCGGGCAGGCGGCGGACGGGCAGGGGGCCGCGCGAUGUCGCACGGAGCCGGGCUCGUCCGCACCACGUGCAGCAGCGGCGGCGGCGGACCGGGGGCCGGCGCGGGGCAGCCGGGCGCGAGGCCCUCGGAGGGGCUGCUGGACCCCGUCUACCCCCGCACGUACUCGGCCCUGCUGAAAGUGGCGCAGAUGGUCACGCUGCUGAUCGCCUUCAUCUGCGUCAGGAGUUCUGUGUGGGUCAGCUACAGCGCCUACAGCUACUUUGAAGUGGUCACCAUUUGCAACUUGAUAAUGAUCCUCGCCUUUUACCUGGUGCACCUCUUCCGCCUCUACCGCUUGCUCACCUGCAUCAGCUGGCCGCUGUCGGAACUUCUGCACUAUUUAAUCGGUACCCUGCUCCUCCUCAUCGCCUCCAUUGUGGCGGCCUCCAAGAGUUACAGCCAGAGCGGACUGGUAGCUGGAGCGAUCUUCGGUUUCGUGGCCACCUUCCUCUGCCUGGCGAGCAUCUGGAUGUCCUACAAGAUCUCGUGUGUGACCCAGUCAGGAGAUGCAGCUGUGUGAUGCCAGCCCAGGCCCGGCCCCGCGGGAGGCCCUGCGCACAGGAGGGUCAGUGGGCCAGCCCCCACGAAGGGCUUCUGACCCCAUGAUCUUGUGCCAAAGCCCCGUCCACGCGGGUGGGCACAGGAGGGGGGCUUCGGCGUCCUCCAGGGCUCCUGAGCCGCGCGGAGCCUCUCUUUCCAGUCGUCCUUGGAGAAUAGUCCUCCCCGCCCGGGAAAGAAAACCAGCCUCCAGGGAAAUCUGGUCUCUCCCUCCUGCUUUGAGAACCACCUGCCUCAGGGACUGAUGACCCCACUUAACCCACGAGGGAGGGGUUUCUGAAAACUCCUGCCUAACUCUGCUUCUACUUCACAUUCCUCAGGGGAGUGAAGCCGCCUUAAGUCCUCUUAGAGAAACCAAGCCAUCUCCUAAUUUAUCCAGCUUGGAAAGCCUCUCUCUGGAGAGAGCCUCUUCCUUAAGUGAGGCAUGUCUGCAGAAGCACUCUGUGGUCAGCCUGUCCCCAGAGAGGAGACCCCGGCUCCUUCCGGGCUUCAGCCUGAAUUCCCAUUGUGUGUGUGUCUGUGUGUUUGUGUGUGUGUCGGUGUGUGGGCGUGUGUGUGUUUUGUAAUAAAAUAUUGACUUGGCCAAUUGCACAA